AGUAGUGCUGUUGAAGAGCUGGAUUUGGGACAAAUGUACCUUACCUGUUUGCCUGAGCAAUAUAUGAGAGUGAAACUCACUCAGACAGUGUACCUGAUAUGCUGGCUGUUGUUGAAACUCUGCAAGAAAGCCUAUGAGAAAAGACUGUCUGCUUCUAAAAAGGAGUGCCAAGGAAGUGCUGUAAGAAGGACUGCUGGGGGAACAGAAGAGAGUACUUCUGAGAAGACACAAUGUCACACUGAGACCCCACAGCCAGUUGAAAACUACAUCAGUGAAGGAGAGUUUGAAGACGAUCUGAGUUCUUCUACCCCGAGCACAACGGAGCUGGAGGUCCGUGGAUCCAGCCAAGAAACAGAUGAAGAUUAUUUUGAAACCGUGUCACAUCAGAGUGGAUCUUUGUCAGAUGUAAAAACUGAGCCUUAUGAGAGUGCAUCAGACACAGAAUCCCUUUCCAGUGACAUAACUGGGAAUGCUUGUUCAGAUUCAAACUGCCUGUUUACUGGAAAAAAACCCCUGUGCUGUAAUCUUCCCAAAGAAAAGGCAGAAACCUUCCAUGAACUGAAGUGCUCCAGGCAACCAGAGUUCACCCAGCACAUACAGCUGGAAUUGUCCUCCAAAAUAAAAGAAGCACCAAGCAAAACUGGAUUUUGCAUCCAGUUUGCAGACUUAGAGGGUGAAGAAUUGGGUGAUGAAGAGCAAACGUUAUCCAGUGAUAUUUCCAUCACAGAGAGCCAAGUCUAUGAAGAGAGCAUUUUAUCACAGGCAAAGAGAAAGUCUGUAAGAGCACUGCAGAGUAAGGCACAGUUAGAAAGCAGGGAAGUGCAGUCCUGUACCAACUCAGUACUAACAGAAAAUGAUGUUGCAAGACUGAAGGAACACCCUGCAGUAUUUAGCAUUGCUUGUUUCAAAGCAAACUCAGAAAGUUGUUUGAUUUUUCCUGAGGUAAAGCAGUUUUCCUUCCGGUCAGAUGCAGCACCAAGCUGUAGUUUGCCUAAUCUUCAUUUUGAAACAAAUGGGCCUAACUGUAAAAGUGACACUGAGACAUCUGACUGUAAGUGUGAAUUAGAGUCUAUGUCCAGUAUAAAAUGCUGCAGGAGGUAUUCAGCUGACAGUGAGGACACUACAGGUAAAAGGAUAAAACAUGGAAGUACAGAGACCAUGUUGACAUCAGAUUCACUCUUCUACCAGAGUUGCUUCAACACAAAAUCUUGGCUACCACAAAAAAGGUCAGAGAUUACAGAAAGUAAAGCAUGGCACAGUGUACCUGAAAACAUCAGUGCUCAAAGGGAGACAGAAUGUGUGGUAAGCUGUAUUCACCCAACAGACAAAUUUAGAUGGUCAUGCUCCAGAAUACAUCUUCAAGAGCUGGAUUUUGAAUACACUUGGAAAAACUUAGGAAGGGUGACUGUAAGUUCUGAAAAGGCUAUAGAAAUAGAGGGCCAGUUUGGCAUAAAAAAAUCUUUUCUUGAUACUGACACAGAUUCAAAGGUGUGUCAGGUUUCCCAGCCAGCAGCCUCUCCCCUGUGCAUUGAUCAUUAUUUGCACUCUAAAUCAGAGACGUGUGGCCUUAGCCCAGAGCCAGCUGGUACUUGUGCUGACAGCUUAACAUGGAGUGAUGCUUGUGAGGACAAUCCAAUCCAAAAGGAGACAUCCUCUUCCCUGGAUUGUGAUCCAGGGAUCAUAAAUGCUGAGGAACUUACACAAAACAAUGAGUACAAAGCUGAAGGAGAUCUGGAAGCUAGCAGAUUCCCAUGUGAUAUUGGUGUGGAAUCGGACACUGAGAGCCCUGCAGCUUCACAUGCAGCUGUUCCUGCUGGUGUGGAAAGCAGAGACUGGGAUUGCUCUGUAAACUGUGUUUCCAGUAGUGGAAUACAGCACAACCAUUUGAAGGAGAAUGGCCUUGAAUCUGAGCUGUCAGAUACACAGAUUAUGGCAGGGGAAAGAUGGGCAGAUGAUUCUUCUGAUCUUGACUUUGGUUGGAAAGUCCUGGAAACUGCAACGCAGCCAGAUGGCAGUGACAGAGGGGCAGAGCAUGGAGAGUCAGUGCAGCAAAAUACAAAUUGCAAAACUGGUGCCUUGAGGAGCCACUCAGAGCUAGGAACAAAUGAACAUCCUACUCAUAAAGGAAUGGAUGAAGAGAGUGUCUUUGCUGUUGAAAGGACCCUCAGAUCAGAUUAUAUAAGGCAGGGAAAGGAUUUAAUGACUGCUCCAGAAUUAAAGCCAGCCCUAAUUAUAGUCCCUGUGGAAGAGAAAGGAUUACAGUCCAAAGCACUGAAUGAUAACCUUCCUACUGAAGUGGUAGCUGAAACAUUGGGAAAUGCAGUGAGCAAGGAUUUGAUGUCUCCUCAUACUGUCAGUAAAGCUCAUGGUGAGCCAGAGAGAGUUCUGAGUGGAUUCUGUAACUGUGAAGAACAAAUUCUGGCCACCCACCCCAUUCCUGGCAGUGCAGAGGUACUUUCUGGUAGGGAUACAGCUGAAGUAAAAACAGAAAUUUCAGAAGAGAACAGAGAGAAAACAGAAGCAGUUUCAUCCUUAGGGCUCACCUGUAGUAAUUCUGCUGUAGCAAGUGCAAAAUUGGAAUUCAGGAAUGUUGCUGUACCACUAGGCAGUGAUAUGCUUCCUGCAGAAAUUCAGACAGAUCCAUGUGAAAAACCACUUGUAUGUGAAAAAUCCCCCAGUGGGAGAGGUGUGAAGCUCUCUGAGGAUGAGCACUGCAGAGCAAGGCCACUGGUGACUGGAGCAGUGACACUGGAAACCAGCAGCAGUGUAAGCAGUGUGUGCCAGGGAGCUAGGGCUGGUGUCAGCCUUGAAGGGCCCAGCACUGUAAAAUCACAGGGUAGAAGUGGUGUGAUGGUCUUUGAGGAAGGGCCCUGCAGAACAAAGAGGGGUUUUGAAUUCAGGAGAGAACAGUUUGGAAGGUCAGGCUUUAGAAACCCUGGAAGAAGCAAUGACCAGAUGUCUAAGGAAGAGGAAUUCAAAGCAUAUCGAAGCACAGAGGGAGGUUUGAAUAUUACCAGGGCAGUGACACUGGAAAUGAGCAGCAGUAUGAGCAGAUUGUGGCAGGGAGAUGGUGCUGGUGUCAGCCUUCACUGGCCCAGCAUGGUCUCUGAACAAGCAGUAAGCAGGCGAGGAAAGGAAAGCUGUAAGGGCUCAAAGGAAGAAACAGGUAUUUGUGAAGAACCCUCUCCUAGGGAAGGAAAGGAGGGCUCUCCUGCAGAAGACACCUCUAGCCCCAGCAAAGACAGUGCACUCAGUCUGGAUGUGUCUGAUGUCUUUGAUGAGCCUCUGAACAGGGAGACCCACAGCACUUUCAUGCUGGGCCUGGACAAUGUAAGUACCUGCAGCACCAACAGCGAGGAACUGGAUGAGAACCCAUCCCACAUCCUGGGCAGUAACAGCAAUAUUCAUAAAGCUGUACAAAAGCCAACAAGGAAUGAGUAUAGUGGGAAAGCUUCCAGGUUUUUAGUAUUCCCAAAAAUGACAUCUUUCAGGAAAACUAAGCCUGUCUCCUGGGAAAAUCAGGGAAGCAGCAAUAUCUUUGGCACCAAGGCAAAGAUGGAAGAACUUGAUGUUGGGAAAGAUGAUGAAGACACUGCAAGUUUACUGUCUUUCAAAAGUUGUUCAUCUGGUUUAGUCUUCCACAGGAAGGAAAGCUACACCUCUGAGUACUCUGAUGAUGAUGAUUUAUUUUAUGAGAGACCUGCAGGAUUUUUCAACAGAUUGAGCCUGAGAAAGGCCUCUGGCUCUGGUCGGAUACUGAUGGAAGAUGCAGAUCGACAAGUUCCAGGUUCAUCUGAAAACAAUGACACUGAACCUGUGGAGCAUUCAGGGAUUAGAAAAUCAAUUCCUGAAAAUGAACACAAAAGAAACAAAACCCCUGAGGGUAAGAAGUUCAGGACAAGGUUGGCCUUGGCGCACAAAUCCCUCUCAAGCUUAUUUGAGUCCAAAUGUCCAGAAAAGGAGAACACUGAGCAAAGCUCAAAAGCAUCAGUAAAAAAUGAAAAGGAGAAAGUCAAACUUCGCCAGAGUGCCUGGAAAGCUUUUCUAAAGAGCAAGGAGGCAGAUGGACUAAAAAGGCCUGUCUUAGUAAGUUUAUCAUCCACACAGGAGAGUCUUAAUGCAACUGAUGGCCACGUGUUAACACCACUAGAGCGACAGUAUAGCUCCAAUAGACACACUUAUUUAAAAACAGAAACAGAUAAUGGCUCCUCAACAGACUCCAACUAUUUUGACAGCUCUGUGGAGCCUGUUGAUGUCUCUUCACCUGCACGUAUGUGGAGAAGACGAAUACAGUCCCAUGACUUGGGUAUCAGAUACUCACAGAGUUCAGACUGUGAUGAACAGCAGGAGGUUCUGAGCAACAGUUUAAAUACUUCUCUAGAGGAAUACUGGAUGAAAUCUCCAUUUAGCCCCACUGACUUGCAGUUGGCAUUUAGUCAGUCAAGUCCAUCAUGCCCCCAGCUCUCCAGUUCUGAUGGUAAAGACAUGCCUUGUAGGCCCAUGAGUCCCAAACCUCAGAGUUCACGAUCCACUUCUCAGCACAAGAACUUGCGUUACCCUGGGCGAGUUUGUGCCGCUUCUAUGAUCUCUCUUGGGACCAGCUCUGGAGUGGAAAGCAGUCUGGAGGCUCCUGAGAGGCCAAAGACACUGAAACCCAGAGGAAGUCUCUUACACUCGUUGGAUGACUUCCAGAGGGAUGACAGUGGCAUAAGCAGCCAAUCCCAGAUCAGCUUAACUACAGCUUCUUCCAUUAGUGACAUGCUCCGAGAUGAGUUUGUAAAACAGGAGUCUAAACAGCCAUGUCAAACAGCAGCUGGGAAGAGGCCAAGUAAGAAAUGGGUUCCCCAUCGCAAAAGGAGGCCUCCCCGGGUCCCACCAUGCCCUGUCUCCACCCUGGAGAGCAGAGCCUGCAGGCUCUCCUUCCCUGCUCCAGAUGAAAAAGCCAAGGAGAUGCCAGAGAGGAGGAGGAAGAGACCCAAACCCCUCUAUAAAUGCUUCAGCUUCGAUGAUGUUUGGAUGGAGAGGAAUCAAAAAAGGAAGCUAGAGAAGGAGACACAGCCAGAGGGAGGGGUUCAAUUGCAACAUCUCCCACAGGACCCCUCAAAAGCUGGAGUAAGUCCAUCCACCACAUCUCCUGUUGCCUUUGACAUCCUGCCACUGAAGCUGCAUCCCUUUUCCCAGAGCACGCCGACAGGCCUGGACUGCGUGGGCUGGAAACGGCGCGUCUCCGCUCCCGUGAUCACUGAUGGAGGCCUGGACAAGACAGCCCUGACGGACGAUGUGGGGAGCGAGGAGGAUCUGUACGAGGAAUUCCGCAGCUCCAACCACCGCUACGGCCACCCCGGGGGCGGCGGCGAGCAGCUGGCCAUCAACGAGCUCAUCAGCGAUGGCAGUGUGGUGUACGCAGAGGCCCUCUGGGACCACGUCACCAUGGACGACCAGGAGCUGGGGUUCAAGGCCGGAGACGUCAUCGAAGUAAUGGAUGCCACCAACAAGGAGUGGUGGUGGGGGAGGAUUCUGGACAGUGAGGGCUGGUUUCCAGCCAGCUUUGUUCGGCUGCGGGUGAACCAGGAUGAGCCCAUGGAAGAUUAUCCCCUGAAGGUGGAGGGGGGCAAAGAGGACUUUGGGAUGGGCCAGACCACCAAAGACCAAAUGAGGACCAACGUCAUCAACGAGAUCAUAAGCACAGAGAGAGACUACAUCAAGCACCUGAAGGACAUUUGUGAGGGUUACAUUAAGCAGUGCCGCAAGAGAGCCGACAUGUUUACAGAAGAACAGCUGAAGACAAUCUUUGGGAAUAUUGAGGACAUCUACAGGUGCCAGAAGAAAUUUGUUAAAGCACUAGAGAAGAAAUUUAACAAAGACCACCCACAUUUGAGUGAGGUUGGCUCAUGCUUCUUGGAAUAUCAAACAGAGUUUCAGAUCUACUCCGAGUACUGCAACAACCACCCCAACGCGUGCCUGGAGCUGUCGCGCCUCGCCAAGGUGAACAAGUACGUUUACUUCUUCGAGGCCUGCCGCCUGCUGCAGAAGAUGAUCGACAUCUCCCUGGAUGGCUUCCUGCUCACCCCCGUGCAGAAGAUCUGCAAAUACCCCCUGCAGCUGGCCGAGCUGCUCAAGUACACCAACCCCCAGCACAGGGAUUUCAAGGACGUGGAGGCUGCCCUGAAUGCCAUGAAGAACGUGGCUCGGCUCAUCAACGAGAGGAAGCGGCGCCUGGAGAACAUCGACAAGAUCGCUCAGUGGCAGAGCUCCAUAGAGGACUGGGAGGGAGAAGAUGUCCUAGUCAGAAGCUCGGAACUCAUCUAUUCUGGGGAAUUAUCCAAAAUCUCCCACCCUCAAGCCAAGAGCCAACAGAGGAUGUUCUUCCUCUUCGAUCACCAGCUUGUCUGCUGCAAGAAGGACCUUCUGCGCAGGGACAUCUUGUACUACAAGAGUCGGAUCAACAUGGAUGACAUGGAAAUACUGGAUGUGGAAGAUGGCAAAGACAAGGACUUCAAUAUCAGUGUGAAAAAUGCAUUUAAGUUGCACUGCAGAGACACUGAGGAAGUCCAUUUAUUCUGUGCAAAAAAGCCUGAGCAGAAACAGCGCUGGCUGAAGGCAUUUGAGAAUGAGAGGAGGCAGGUGCAGCUCGACCAGGAGACAGGAUUUUCCAUCACGGAGGUGCAGAAAAAGCAGGCAAUGCUGAAUGCCAGCAAGCAGCACCAUGCUGGGAAGCCCAAGGCUGUCACCAGGCCCUACUACGACUUCCUGAUGCGGCAGAAGCACCCCACCCUGCCCACCACGCUCCCUCAGCAGCAGGUCUUCAUGCUGGCAGAGCCCAAGCGCAAGCCCUCGAACUUCUGGCAGAACAUCAGCAGGCUGACACCCUUCCGGAAAUAGGGGCAGCCCCGUGUUUGUGCCUGAACCCCUUCUGAGAAAGCACUUUAUCCGUCACUCCUGGCAGGUGGAGCCCAGGCUCAUCCAGCCCUGUGUUUACAGAGGAUGGCACAGGUGCUCCUGCCUCCCCUAUUUAUUUUGCAGCCCUGCUGACCCGCUGGCUCCGGGGUGAGGCCGCGUGGGCCAGCCCUGCAGUGCCCAGCAGCAGAGCUCCAGGAGCGUGCAGCAGGGAGCUGGACAGGCUGCAGCCCCAGAGAUUUACCUUGUCAGCUCUACUUGGACUCACUCGUCCCGCUGUGCCCACUAUGCUGGCUGGCAGCUGCCACAGGGGAGGGCAGCUGAUGGACCCGCUGGCCCCGUGGCCACUGCCCUGCUCAGAACAACAGUUCGGAGUCCGUGACGAGGAGGGAUGAACCCUUCUGCUCUGCCCAGCCCAUGCCCUGCAUUUCUCAGAGCUGUGAUCCUCCUCCACGUGUCCAACGCACUCAGCAGCCUCUGCAGGCCCUCAGAGCACAGUGAGCACUGCACUGUGACCUCCUCCUCCCUUUAGUGCAACAGCACCGCUGAAAGGUGUCCUACAUUAAACUGUGCCAACCUGCAGCAUGAGUCAAGUUGAAGAAUCUCUCUAGUGGGUUUCAGUUACAUAAGUUAGAGAAAAAUGUGCCUAAUUAAUACCAUACUCAAUUCUUUAAAUUCUCGUCUCUCCAUCAUUCUGCCAUAUUUCCUGGCCAAUGAAAAUGCUCAUUGUUUGUAAUGUGUUUAUUUAUGGUAAAAAUCAGAACUGUGUAUUUUGUAAGUCUGUAAUUGUUCUUGUCAGAUGUUGUUAACUUGAUGCCUGUUUUGUCUGUUUAAUUUUUCUUUUCUUUUUUUUUUUAAAGAAAGGUCAAUAUUUGCAAACCUAGCUCCCAGAAGUCAGAGUCUGCUGUUCAACUCUGCAAUGUCAUUGUUAUGCAAACUCCCACAGACCCUCAAAUUCAAGGAGUGUUACUGACACUUUUAAAAAUGGAAAACCACUUGAUAAAGGCCUAAAUUUGGCAUAAGGAGCCUCACUUUAAGUACCCAAGUUUCAAUGGUGGCCAAAAAGAAUGAAUUUAAACCUUGGUUAGCAAAAAGAAAGAUUUGCCUUACCAUAGUGAGAGUUAGAAGCCAUACUGACUGAAUUCCCUAGAUUAGGAGACAUCCUGUGACAGUGGAAGGAAGACACUGGCUCAUUCCAGCUCAGGUGUGAGUGAACACUGCAGAGCUCAGAAAUCCAGUGUUUGUUGAUGCUGUAGCUGACCAAAGUCUGGUCAUCCAGGGAUAUCUGAAUUCAGUAGCAUGUACAAAGUCCUUCUUGCACUAUAUCUUCCCCCCAGACCAGGGGCAACAUUUAAUUUCAUAAAGAAACUUGUAAAAGUGA